AUGCAAAUACGUGCCUGGUCAUUGGCUGGUUUGCCGGCAGAUAAUUUUUCUGUUGAGAAUGGUAUCAUUGUAACGAAUUCAAAUCGUUAUUCACUGAUGAUAGAUCCACAGGUUCAAGCCAACAAGUGGAUAAAGAAUAUGGAAAAAAAGAAUGACCUAAAAGUGAUCAAGCAGACCGAUUCCAACUAUAUGCAAGUACUCGAAUUGGCUAUUACGUAUGGUAAUCCGGUGUUGAUUGAGAAUGUUGGUCAACGUUUGGAUUCAAAUUUAACACCAAUUCUUGAAAAGAAUAUUAUUAAACAUAAAGGUGGCUUCUUUAUUAAAUCCGGUGAUACUAUGAUAGAAUACAAUCCAGAUUUUCGGCUUUACAUUACAACUUGUCUACGUAAUCCACAUUAUCCGCCUGAAAUCAUGGUUAUGGUAACGGUAAUAAAUUUCAUGAUAACGGAACAAGGUUUGCGCGAACAAUUGUUAGCCAAUGUUGUGGCACGCGAACGUCCUGAUUUGCAAGCCAAAAAGGAGCAACUGAUUAUUGAGUCUGCAAGGAAUCGAGAUGCUUUAUAUACAAUCGAAUCGCAAAUUCUGGAGGUCUUAUCUAAAUCUGAGGGCAAUGUGCUGGAAGAUGAAAAUGCUAUCAAUAUAUUGUCAUCGAGUAAAAUACUUUCUGAGGAAAUACAAGAGAAGCAAGUAAUAGCCGUUACCACCGAAGCAGAAAUUGAUGCUGCACGUCAACAGUACAUACCAGUGGCAAAGCAUUCUGCCAUUCUGUUCUUCUGCAUCAGUGAAAUGGCGAACAUCGAUCCAAUGUAUCAAUAUUCGCUUGGUUGGUUCCUGAAUUUGUUUUUAACAGCAAUUGCCAAGGCGGCUAAAUCCAACGUACUAUCCGAACGUUUGAAUAAUUUAAAUAAUUACUUCACCAAAUCAAUUUAUCAAAAUGUUUGCCGUUCGCUAUUUGAAAAACAUAAGUUGGUCAUUUCGUUGGUAAUGUGUUUAGGAAUUAUGGUGUCUGUCGAAAGAGUGAAUAAAGCGCAUUUAUUAUUCUUCUUAACUGGAGGCGUUGGCUUGGGAAGCCUUCCCCCUAAUCCAGCUUCAAGUUGGCUUCCCGAAAAAUCAUGGGCACAAGUAGCACGCGCUAGCGAUUUACCGGGUUUAAAAGAUUUCCAUAAGAACUUUGCCAAUAAUCUGAAAGAAUGGAAAGCCUUUUAUGAUUUGCCAUCGCCUCAAGAUGCCAAAUUUCCUGCACCAUAUGGAACUCUUACCGAUAUGCUGAGAUUGAUUGUGCUAAAAUGUUUGCGUUCUGAUAAAAUUGUACCAGCGGUCAGAGAAUUCAUUACACGGAACAUGGACCGUACUUUUGUAGAGCCACCACCUUUUGAUUUGAAUGCUUCAUUUGCUGAUAGUUCACCAAAAAUGCCACUGGUAUUUUUGCUCUCAGCCGGUUCUGAUCCAAUGGCAAGUCUAUUCAUGUACGCCAAAAUGCGUAACAUGUAUGACAAAACUAGAACUAUAUCAUUGGGUCAAGGACAAGGACCACGUGCUGAAAAAAUGAUACUUGAAGCUGUUCGUCAUGGUCAGUGGGUUGUUUUACAAAAUUGCCACGUUGCGACUAGUUGGAUGGGUGAUUUAGAACGUAUUGUAAAUGACUCAGCAUUAGCCGAAUCUGCACAUUCGGAUUACCGUUUAUGGUGUACAUCAUAUCCAAGUUCAACAUUCCCGGUAUCAGUUUUACAAAACUCUGUAAAAAUGACAAAUGAACCGCCAAAAGGUUUAAAAGCGAAUAUGUUACGUUCAUUUAGUUCAGAUCCAUUAGUACGGGACAAAUUCUUCACACAUGCUUUCGCCUACUCAGAUAAGGCCAACAAAAGUUGGUUACGUGGUGUAUUCGCUUUGGUAUUCUUUCAUGCAGUUGUGCAGGAGCGUCGUGAAUUCGGUCCAUUAGGAUGGAAUAUUCCAUAUGAGUUCAGUGAAUCUGAUUUAAAGAUUUCCUUACUACAACUGAAAAUGUUCAUUGCACAACAUGAGUCUAUUCCUUUCCGUGGACAUAUUUAUUUAACUGGUGAAUGCAACUAUGGCGGACGUGUCACAGAUGACAAGGAUCGACGUUUAAUACUUUCACUAUUAAAUUUGGUGUACAAUCCGAAUACAGUGGCUGUUGAAAACUUUUCCUUGUCACAAUCUGGACACUAUAAAAUACCUUCAUUACCUACACGUGUCAACGCUAUCGAAUACAUAUCGACAUUUGCACUUAGCCCACAACCAGAGGUAUUUGGUUUACAUGAAAAUGCUGAUAUCAAUCGUAAUAAUAAGGAAACGGAUAGCUUAAUAAAUGGAGUUUUGCUUACCCAAACUGAUCUAUUAGCAUCAACAAAAGCUUCUGGUGCCACUGGUGGAGCAAAAGAAGAUCCAGCAUUUAAAAUUUGUAAGGAUAUACUUGCACGCCUACCACCAACAUUUGAUGUUGAGGCAAUAUCACAUAUAUAUCCAGUUAUAUAUACAAAUUCAAUGAAUACUGUGCUUAGACAGGAAUUAAUAAGAUUUAAUCGUCUUUUAUCAUUUAUACAAAAGAGUUUAGUUAGUGUUCAAAAAGCUGUGCAAGGACAAAUUGCUAUGAUUCCAGAAUUAGAAAAAAUUCAUGCUCAAAUGGUUAUAGGAAAACUACCAGAUAACUGGCUUAAAAAGAGUUAUCCAUCACUUAAACCACUUGGAAGUUACAUUACCGACUUCCUAGCAAGAUUGGAGUUCUUUCAAACAUGGAUAAACAAUGGCGAACCAAUUGUUUACUGGCUUUCUGGAUUUUAUUUUACUCAAUCUUUCAUAACGGGUGUCUUACAAAAUUAUUCCAGAAAAAAUCAUUUCCAAAUUGAUAUGAUAGAAAUAAAUUUCGAAGUUACCAAAUUUGAAAUGGAAGCUGAAAGCUCUCCAUCAUUGGGUGCUUAUAUUAGAGGUCUCUUUUUGGAAGGAGCACGUUGGAAUCGAAAUUUACAAAUGAUUGAUGAAUCCUAUCCUAAAAUUUUAUUUGAUACAAUUCCAGUUAUAUUCUUCCGUCCCUCACUAAAAAAAUUAGACCAUGCAGAAGUAGAGAUUAACUUACAACAAAUAUACGACUGUCCGGUGUAUAAAACCAGUGAACGCCGUGGUGUGCUCUCCACAACUGGGCACUCCACCAACUUCGUUAUGUAUAUGCAACUUAACUGCACAAUGAUUCCAACGCACUGGAUUAAUCGCGGUACUGCAAGUCUCUGUCAAUUGGAUGACUGAAAACUCUAUUGUGCGAUUUUCAAAACAAAUUAUUAAGUU